UAACGUCGUUUUCUUGUUUUUCGAAAUGCGUUGAUCCCGGUUGAUCUUGGGGAAAUGCCUCUCUGAUGACGUCGUGCGGGGUGAACGCAGAGCCGGGCGGCCAUUACACAGCUAAGUUUCCCUCGGAAGGUCGGAGGGAAAAGGGAGCUAGCUAGCUAUUUUCGGUACAGAAAUACAGCGACGUGCCCUCAGACACAUACUCGACUCGGGGGCGUCGUGGACCAUAUGAUUGUGAACAUAGAAACGCCAGCGUGAACUUAAUAUUAUUGUGUUUUCUAUUCCGAAUCUGGGCACACGCAGAACGUAGCUAGUACCAAAGCCCCUACCCCUGCAUCCCAUUUCGAAAAAAAAACAUUGAUCCAACGUUGGUAGCGAUCAAGCUACUAGCUUUCCAGUGUAGCUGCAAGUAAAGGCGUUUUAAACAUAUAUCCAACUCAUUUCAUUUUUUAAAAUGGAAGAAAAAGUAUUUACAAAGGAAUUAGACCAGUGGGUCGAACAACUGAACGAAUGCAAACAGCUUACGGAGAAUCAAGUGAGAACGCUAUGCGAGAAGGCUAAGGAGAUCCUGACCAAGGAGUCAAAUGUGCAGGAGGUGCGCUGCCCUGUCACUGUCUGUGGAGACGUCCACGGUCAGUUCCAUGACCUCAUGGAGCUCUUCAGAAUCGGAGGAAAGUCCCCCGACACCAACUACCUGUUCAUGGGCGACUACGUGGACAGAGGCUACUACUCGGUGGAAACGGUGUCGCUUCUUGUCGCGUUAAAGGUUCGUUACCCAGAACGCAUCACGAUAUUGAGGGGAAACCACGAGAGCAGGCAGAUCACACAGGUGUACGGCUUCUACGACGAGUGCCUGAGGAAGUACGGCAACGCCAACGUGUGGAAGUACUUCACAGACCUCUUUGACUAUCUUCCCCUGACAGCCCUGGUAGACGGACAGAUAUUCUGCCUGCACGGUGGCCUUUCUCCCUCGAUAGACACACUGGAUCACAUCCGAGCUCUGGACCGUCUUCAAGAGGUCCCACACGAGGGGCCCAUGUGCGACCUCCUGUGGUCGGACCCCGACGAUCGUGGGGGCUGGGGGAUCUCCCCCCGAGGGGCUGGAUACACCUUCGGACAGGACAUCUCCGAAACCUUCAACCACGCCAACGGCCUCACUCUCGUGUCCCGCGCCCACCAGCUCGUCAUGGAGGGUUACAACUGGUGUCAUGACAGAAACGUCGUCACCAUUUUCAGUGCGCCAAACUACUGCUAUCGCUGUGGCAACCAAGCCGCCAUCAUGGAACUGGACGACACUCUUAAAUACUCUUUCCUUCAGUUUGACCCUGCGCCUCGCCGCGGAGAGCCCCACGUCACCAGACGCACCCCCGACUACUUCCUAUAAACGUCACAUGACCUGGUGUAGGACCGCACCAAGACAAACGCAAAAAAGAAAAAA